AUGGGCCAACCACCAAGGAAGCCGUCAACAACCGCUGAAGUUGCCCUCGUGUCCCUGAAGAGUUGCCUUGUCAAUCUUCCGGCAUCUUUGGUCUCCGUGCUCAGUAAUGCAAACACAGCGGCGCAAGAUGUUGUCAUCGAGUUGCAGUGCAGAACACAAACACUGUCGAGUGGCACCUCUGCCAGAGAGGAUGGUGCUGGCUCUCAGAAAUCAGUCUAUGUUGGUUGGACUGGCAUGCCUAGUCGGCGACGUCCAGCGCUAGGUAUGAAUAGAAAUAGCUAUGCAAAUGGAGUAAGAGAACAAGAGAUCUCGCCGAUUGAGAUUGAUGACACGUUUGCUGGUCUGCUGGGACUUACUGAAGGACAAAGGGUCGGCAUAUUUCUGCACUUAGACCCACCAGUCGCACACACUGUCCACAUCGAACCGCUGACUCCAGCAGAUUGGGAAGUCAUUGAGUUGCACGCUAGUUUCCUGGAACUCAAUCUCCUCUCUCAAGUCAGAGCCCUUCCUAAUCCAAGCCAUUCGGCCACUGCUUCUGUCCAAGCUAGCCAUUCGCAUCCCCUGGCUUUACAUCUCUCGCCCACAUCCACCGCCAAUGUGAUCGUUACGUCAUUGAUACCACCGAUUCCGAGCUCAUCACCCUUUGCCAAGAUAGCCUCUGACGCAGAAGUCAUCGUUGCACCGAAAGGGCGGCCAAGAACUUCUCGAGCUGCCAGACAGGAUGAUCGAAGUGUUGCCAGCACGAGUCGUAGGAGUGCCAGGAGUGGUGGAAGUUCCCUACGAGCAAAAGCCACUACCGAAAGAGACAUUUUCUUUCUUCGUGGUAUCGAUCGUGGCAUUUGUCACGAAUGGUUUUCAUCCGACCACGUGGAGAACGAAAAUAGAGGCCUUUGCAUCUGGGUGCAUGGUAAAAUUCUUGCAGAAGACAACGCCUUCAUGGGAAGGAAAUGGGUUGUUGUAUCUAUCGUCAGACCUGCCGGCCUCAGAGCUCAGCUCGACCAACACCAAAUGCAGCAGCUCAAAGAGCAAGAAUCGAAUGAAGCGGGAUUACCUGCCUCCAAAGUGGUUGCCCAGGUUAGGACUUGGGCAGACGCACCAGAUGAGCAGCAUGCAGCACUCUCAUCUACACUGUGCUCCAUUCUGGGGUUCGGGAGAAUGGUUGGCUGCAUAACCAAGGUUGAACCAGCACCCCCACCACUUCAAAAAGCUGGGACCAGUCCAGUUAGGCUCUUCCCUUUUCUACCAGAUUCGUCCUCUAAAAAGGAAGGAUUGAGGUUCGGGGGAGAAUCCAAACUGUCAAGGCAGGCUGUCGCAAACCGUGUCCAAGAAAUCCAUGGAUCUGGAAAUGGCCUUCUUCAGGGACCUAUCUCCAAUGGAAUGCUGCUCCCAGCAUCGGAAGAGCCAUCCACUAAUCUUCAUUUCUCUGGUGGUAUUGUGCGCUUCCAGCCUUCGAGCGGGAGGGAUGGAGAUAAAUCUUUUGCAUGGUUUUUAGGAUCGGAGCAGAACUUUAUGUUUGAUGUACAGCCAGAAAUACCGAGAACAAUGAAGCCGAACGUCAUGUUUCCGACCUUCGAUCCGGGAUUGCCAACAGAACCACCAGAAUCAGUUGGCAUUGACAAGAUGAUCCAACAAUGCAUAAGUAAUCUUAGAUUUUCCUCCUCGAUACUUCUCACAGGUGGAACCGGGUCUGGCAAGACCAGUCUUGCCCACUUGCUAUGCCAGAGAUUGAGUGAGGAGCACCUUUUCAAUACCACAUAUUUCUUCUGCCGCCAGCUCCUCACAGACGAGACACGAGUCUCGCAGAUCAAGGAUACCUUGACAAGACUGUUCAUGUCAGCCUGUUGGUGCGCACGACUGGGUGGCCAAUCCAUCGUCGUUCUCGACGAUCUCGACAAGAUCUGCCCCGUCGAAACCGAACUUCAGGUAGGCAAUGACAACGGACGCAGUAGGUUGAUUACAGGGAUCUUGUGCUCUAUUGUACGAUAUUAUUGUACCCCUGAUUCGGGCAUUGCGCUGCUCGCCACUGCUCAGUCAAAAGACACCUUGAAUCGCCUGAUCAUCAGCGGUCACAUUGUGGGCGAUAUCAUUUCUCUUAAAGCACCAGACAAAGAGGCUCGUCGAAAAAUCCUUGUCAAACUGACCAGUCCAAAGUCAACGGGUCUGGAGAAGACUUUGAAUGGCCAUGUCCGAAACAGCAGUAACAACUCCAACCACAUUGAGGAAAACUCGUGGAUGGACCCUCGCCCCAACAAACCUACCGCCUCCGCCCCCUCAACCGACACCAUCAACCUGUCCCCUUCACUCGACCUCCUCGACCUCGCUGGCCGCACAGACGGCUUCAUGCCAGGCGACCUCUCCCUCCUCGUCUCCCGCGCUCGCACCGAAUGCCUAACUCGUCUCAUCACCUCCCCCACAUUCUCGGAUGCCACCACUGCAAAUCCUCAAAACAACAACCAACUCACCCUAACCAAGAGUGACUUCACCACCGCCCUCCAAAACUUCACCCCCUCCUCCCUUCGCAACGUCCCCCUGACCCACUCCACCACAACCUUCUCCUCCAUUGGCGGCCUCCACAGCACACGAACCACCCUUCUCGAAACCCUCUUCUACCCCACCAAAUAUGCCCCUAUCUUCGCCAACUCGCCCCUCCGCCUCCGUUCAGGCUUACUCCUAUACGGCUACCCAGGAUGUGGUAAGACCCUACUCGCUAGCGCAGUAGCUGGCGAAUGCGGCCUCAACUUCAUCUCGGUCAAGGGACCCGAGAUAUUGAAUAAAUACAUCGGCGCCUCUGAGAAGAGCGUGCGCGACCUCUUUGAAAGAGCCCAAGCCGCGAAACCUUGUGUGCUGUUCUUCGACGAAUUCGACUCCGUCGCCCCCAAGCGCGGGCACGAUUCAACAGGCGUCACGGAUCGCGUGGUCAACCAGCUGCUGACUCAGAUGGACGGUGCAGAGGGGUUAGAGGGUGUCUAUGUCCUGGCGGCGACGUCGAGACCGGAUCUCAUUGACCCUGCAUUGCUGAGGCCGGGAAGGCUGGAUAAGAGCCUGCUUUGUGACAUGCCGGAUCGAGAGGAUCGGUUGGACAUCCUCAGCGCGGUCAGCAAGAAGUUAGUCUUGAAAGAUGAAGUAGGGGACAGGUUGGGCGAGAUUGCGGAUCGGACAACUGGGUACAGUGGAGCGGAUCUGCAGGCAUUGAUGUAUAACGCGCAUUUAGAGGCCGUGCAUCAGUUAAUCGGCGAUACUGCUCCACCUUCCGCUGUUGGCAAGAGCAAUACCGAGAACGGCAUCACGAAAAAAUCCUCUCGUGGCACAAAUUCUUCGAGAAACAAAAAGGCUGGCAAGAAAUUUGAAUUCUACCAAUUCCUCUACGACCCAACACUCGACGCCGAAGCCCGCGCUUCACCCCAUUCCACCAGCUCUGCCCUCGAGCCGCACGAGGUGGUCGAAGAAAAACUCGCCGCUAUGAGGCUGGCUAAGAAGACGGAACGACGCCGACUGCGCCUCGCCUCCUCUUCUUGGUACCACAUGGAUGACGAUGACGUCGACAGCCACGUCAACGGCAUCGGCAGGAAAAAGAACGGCGAGGCGGAUGUGAAGCAGGAAGUUGUCAUCACCUGGGCGAAUAUCGAGCGCGCUCUGGCGACGACGCGGUGUUCGAUCAGUGAGCAGGAACGAAUGAGGUUGGGCGCUAUCUAUCACGAGUUCGUGGUGGGCAGGAACGGGGAGAUGCCCAGCGGAGACGGGGGAAGGGAGGUUGGGGGUCGGAGUAGCCUGAUGUGA